AUGCAUAUUCUCAGUCUUUUUCUAACGUCCUUCAAUAUCUCCCCUGUUUCUCUCAAAGACUCCCGUUUGUCCCUCGAUGCAUUUAGUGUAGCAGGACUCUUUGGUGGAGCCGAGACUGUAUCUGCGAUGGCGACAGUCCAUGUGUACGAAGGAAGAAAAUAUCUAGGAUGGCACAACUCACCUGGUGCAUACGGGGUCUCGCAACGCCUCUCGCAGCUUGCUGCCUCUCGGUUCUCGAACGGGCUCUACCCCGGCCCGGCUGCAGACCCCACAACGCUGGUCGGGGUCGAAGCCCUGAAAGGGCCCAAGUUCAAGUCGUUCACUUCGGGGACAGUGCUGCCCCACUCGGGCCAUCUCGGAGCACUGGUGAUGAACGAAUGCAAGGAGAUGAGAGGCGAGAGCGUCCCAGGGAGAGAGAGAAAGGGGGCGGAACUGUUCGUCGCCGUUCUGGAUCUGGCACGAGUGCCGAAGUACGAGAUGAACCCAAGACUGCCUAAAACAUGUUCCUCCCUGCUUGCAAGUAUACCGAUCGUGACGAGCAUAGCCACUUGCGCACUCAGUGGAUUAUAUGGAGAUUGGUAUUCUUGUGGCACAAUCUUCCUGGGUAUGACCACUGGUGGUAUCGCAGCUUGGGCACUCGGGUCGGGUCGACUUACCUUCACGCACCCGGAGCCGGCGCCGAGUUGUCCGCUCGGGGACGGAAUCCUGGAGGGCGACUCUGGGGUUGCGGUGCUCCUCGGCCAGGAAGGCGCCGUCAAUGCCAUUACGAGAGGGCGGUUCUCCUUGCAGUUCAGAAACGAGCGCGAGUUCAAGAAUAUCCGCAUCGCGGCGGCGCUCUUGACCUUGCAAUUCAUCGCACAGCUCCUCCUCGUGCCACAGGGCUCGUUAUUCGGCCAGCUCAUGUUCGUCACGUCGCUGGCCGUCUCCUGGGGGUACAAUUCCUGGCUAUCGUCGCUCGACAAGGAGAAAAUCCAAAGGGAAAUCUUGAUUAAGCAUAUCUUAGAUAAUCCUGAAAGAAGGAAGUUUAAUGUGACCACGAGGACGGCGCUGGCCGUUCUUGUCUGUCUAAUACUCUCUCCCGAGGACCCGGAAAGGGUCCUCCAGGACCUCGUCCCGAAUGACACGAAAGUGUGGCAUAGGUUCAGACGCGGUAUCGCCGAACGGAUGACCACGGGCAAGUCAGCGUUUACGUUGAGCAAGAGCGACUUGGAUGAUCUCUCCGACGAAGACCGGAGGCUUUUGGAAACGCUCUUCCAGGACGCGGAGGGGGCACGCAAGGGGUAUGCUGAGUAUUUCCCCAAGCGCGGCUAG